UAGCGAAUUCACCUAUUCUAUAUCGUAAUGUUAGGAGAAAUUUAAUCUUUAUUUGUAAAUUGUUUUAGAAUGGUUAUUGCUUUAUUGAUGGUCAAUGUGUAGUUGAUGGACAAACAAAGAAGGAGAACGAAAGCAUGAUCUGUGAUGUUAACCGGAAUGUCUUUGAGUGGUCUUUAGUUGAAGGAAGCACACCAACAGGUGUAUCUAAAGCAGAUUACACGACCAGUGGUUCGAUUUCAGGAGUCACUUCCACACCCAAAGCAGAUGUUACUACUCAGAUGAUGACUACUAAAGAAAAGACAACAAAAUCGGUGACGACAGAAAGUAAUUCAAAAACAACAAUGGUUUCUUUAUCACCAACAACAGAAAAGGAGAAAAUAACAGAAGCUAAAACCACAGCAGUUCUAACUACAUCUAAACUACCAGCUUCGACAUCGUCCAAAAUGACAAGUUCAUUUUCUAAGCCACCAUCUUUAGCUACCAACACAGCGCCACCAAUAACUUCAGGAGUUAUUCAGACAACAGAACAACCUACUAAAAAGCAGCUCCCAACCACGAAAAUGACACCUCCUACGAUGUCAGCAGUCAUGCAUACAACAGAAAAGAUGAACAGUACUGAUACUGUCAUUGUUCCGAUCCCACUGGAGAUCUCAAAAGCCGCUAUUGUUCUGAUCGUUCUAGCAAUCAUAUUCCUGAUAGUAAUAGGGGUGUUUGUUGGUGUCCAAGCCAAGAGGAAAUGGAAUGCUGGAUCCUUUGGAGUUAGAGGGACUGGCCAUGAAAUGAGAUACAGAUCGUUUGAUUAGCUAAUGCCGCCAUUGUCAGAAUCACAGACAAGAUAAUAGUUUAUCCGAAUAUUUCAUAUAAUUAUUUAAAACAUACAACAUUAUGGUCUCCAAUUAGUCAAAAUAGGUAUAUCAUAAUAGCAAUGGAGGAGAAAAUAUUGAAGAUGGAUAAGAACUCAAUUAUAAAAUUUACUAGAAUAUAUUUAUGAUCUUUAUUGCUUUGUUUAAUAUGUUUUAAAUUACUCGGACACUCUUUAAAGCCAGCUUAUUAAAGAUAUCAAUUUUUUAUGAACAGUGAAA